AUGAGUAGCGAAAUUUUAAACUCAACCAUUGACGGAAUUCUUAACACAAGAAUUCAUAUUCAGAAUAUUCCCCCUCAUGUUACGGAUGCACAUUUAAGAUCAGUAUUAGGAAAUGUUGGUCAGAUUAAAGAUAUAUGUUAUUUUAAUAAAAAUAAAAAACAAAUGAACAACAAUUUUGCAAACAAAAAAGUAUAUAACACAGCUCUGAUCACUUUUAACACUCAUGAAGAAGCGUUAAAUGUUUUGAAAAAUAUCAAAAGUUUAAUUGAUACGAGUGGUGAGGAAAAAAGUAUUGAAGCAAAAUUUGCUGUACCAAAUGUUAAUAAUAAUUUUUUUAACAAAAAUAACAUGAACACAAGUUUUAUAAAUAAUAAUAAUAACAACAACAAUUUAAAUAAUUUUCCAAAUGGUUUUAAUAACAAUGAAAAUUUUGGUAAUAAUAAUAAUAACAAUAUGAACAAUUUUAAUUUUUAUAGCAACAAUAACAAUUUGCAAAAUAAUUUUAUGAACAAAAAUGUAAAAAACAAAAAUACAAAUAACAUGAUGAAUAUGAAUAAUAUGAAUAAUACCAAUCAAAUGAACAAUCUGAUGUUGAACCAAAACACAAACUUUAUGCAUAACAACAAUAAUUUUACAAAUAGUAAAAUUUUAAAUGAAAUGUUGAGAUCAGAUGGAGAAAUAUCACCUAAUAGUACUAGUGGAAAUAACAAUAACAUUAACAAUAGUAAUAAUAGUGGUGCCAUGUUCAGGAAGAAUAAUACGCAAAUACCAAUUAAUAACAAUAUCAAUAUGUAUCAAUCGAAUGAUAAUUCUUUAGAUGAAAAUAAUGAAAAUACGGAAGGGUUAAGUUUAUGGGAAAUAUAUAAGGAUAAAAAUAACAACACAUUUUAUUACAACAAUUUAACCAAACACAGCCAGUGGAAUAAACCUAUACAUCCAAAUAAACUUUUCCAAUAUAAUAAUAAUGAGAAAACAAAACAGAAUGGACCAAAUGGAAGUAACUUAUUCAUUUUUCAUAUACCAAGUGAAUGGAGUGAUUUAGAUUUAUUUCAACAUUUUUGUUGCUUUGGAAAUAUUAUCUCAUCUAAAAUUCAAAGAGAUAAUACUGGAAGAAAUUCUGGUUUUGGUUUUGUCAGUUAUGAUAAUAUCAUGAGUGCACACCAUGCAAUUCAAUUUAUGAAUGGCUAUUUUGUUAAUAACAAAUAUUUGAAAGUUCAGCUCAAAAAAGGUGAAGCCACGGAAAAAGCCCAGGCAUGA